AUGUCUCAAGACUCAACAAGUACCAAAGAAACCCUUAGAGCUCUUGAUGAGUAUGUUCUUUUGGGACGUAGUGGAUUAAGGGUUUCUCCUCUAUGUCUUGGUGCCAUGAAUACCGGUUUGAAUUAUGAGGAAUCCAAAGAAAUUUUCAAUAGUUAUUUUGAAAAAGGCGGGAAUUUCAUCGAUACUGCAAACCUUGGAGAGAGCGAACGUUUUAUUGGAGAAUUUAUCGCCGAUAAACGCUCUCAAGUAGUAGUUGCCACCAAAUAUACUGCAAAUGCUAAUGCUUUUACGCCAAAUGCCAAAUAUAACGCGAAUGCUGGUGGAAAUCAUCGUAAAUCUCUUAUCGAAAAUCUCGAUGCAAGCCUUAAGCGACUAAACACUGGAUAUAUUGACCUUUUGUACGUUCAUGCUUGGGAAUUCCGUACGCCUACAGAGGAAGUAAUGCGUUCUUUGGAUGACGUUAUUAGAAGUGGCAAGGUACUAUAUAUCGCGAUUAGCAAUGCACCUGGGUGGGUAAUUAGUCACGCAAACACCUUAGCUGAAUUACGUGGAUGGAGUCGUUUUAUUGGGUUGCAAACUCGGUAUAAUUUGUUAGAGCGAUCUAUGGAAUUUGAGUUGCAGUCUGCAUGUGCAGAACAUGAUGUUGGAAUCAUUCCUUGGGGAUGUAUCGCAGAAGGGUUCUUAACUGGAAAGUACACUAAAGAAUCAGAUAUAAGCUUAGAAAAGAUUGGUGUACGCAGUUAUUCAAUUACUAAAUCAGCAAGUGUUGAAAAAAAUUGGGAAAUCCUAAAUGAAGUUAAAGCUAUUGCUUCUGAAAUUAAUAAAAGUCCUGCUCAGGUUGUUUUAAAUUGGACCUCACAAAAACCUGGUAUCACUUCGCCUCUUAUCGGUGUCAGAACAAAAGCUCAAUUAGAUGACAAUCUUAAAGCUCUUGAAUUCAAGCUAACUCCUGAACAAAUGGCAAGAUUGGAUGCGGUUUCGACGCCAAAGGAAAUACCAUUUCCUUAUAAUAUCUUUGCACGAAUAAAUUAUAAUCUUGGUAAAGAUAUACAGAUGCCUGACAAGUUUAAACCUGUGUUAAACAUGAGUACAGAAUU